AUGAGCAAACGUCCAGCCGCCAGUCUUACUACUAGUAACGGUCUCGAAGUGGCGGAAGCUGGCGAGGCCAAGAGGCAAAGAAAGGAAGGUUCAAACUAUAACAGUAAAGGGGAGCCAGACGCAUUCCGCUCGAUGCCUUCGCUGGCUGAUUUUAUUCCGUGGAGAUCGUCGGAAAUAGACGGACAUCUCCCUCCCCUCCCUAAGAUUCUUGACCCGGAGCUGGAAAAGACUGCUUUCACACACCCCGGGGCCAGUCGGCGUGGAGAAAGCUACGAACGACUCGAAUGGCUGGGCGAUGCGUAUAUUGAGCUUGCCGCGACCGGGCUGAUCUUCCAAACCUUUACGCACACUCAUGCAGGCCGGUGCUCCCAACUGCGCGAGAUUCUGGUUCGAAAUACGACGCUUGCGGGCUACUUUCGAAAGUACGGCCUGCCCGCUCGCGCCCAUCUGCCGCCAGACUUCGGCAAAGAGCGAUGUUUGGGCCGGGGCAGCUCGAAGGAUAAGGAUCUCUGCAAGACGCAAGCCGAUAUGUUCGAAGCUUACUUUGGCGCUGUGAUCGCGUCGGAUGGUGAAAAUGGAAAACGGAAUGCCAUGGCUUGGAUCCGAACCCUCUGGGGCCAAACCAUCAAGGAGCACAUUAUAGAAUACGAAAAGGCACAGGCGGCCAAUCAACCAUCCAAGGCCACGACUCCGAGCCUCGGGCCGGGAGGGGCAGACCUUAACCCAAAGGACAAGCUGAGGGCUACCAUCGGAGUCAAGGGUAUUACCAUCCGGUAUGAGGAUGUUCCCGGCAACAGGAAGGACAAGGACCACGGUCUGCCCCUAUAUACAGUCGCUGUCUAUCUGGACGGAUGGGGCGAGGUAAACAAGCAUCUCGGAACGGGAACAGCAAUGCAGAAAAAGGAAGCUGGCCAGAAAGCAGCAGCGCAGGCGCUUGAGAAUAAGAAGCUAAUGAGAGUAUACGAGGGCAAGAAGAAGGCGUUUCAGGAGGCUCUUAUGACAGCGCAAGAAUCCGAGCCAGCCAUGGACUUGUAA